GUUAGCGGCAUGCUGGUGGGAGGUCAUGGGGAGCCGAACCCGAACACUACAUGGCUACAGAGUCGGGGAUUCUGGAUAGCCUACUCCCUGGGACUCCUGGUUCUCCACCUCAUCCUUCUGUCUGUGCCUGUCUUCAGCAUCCCCGUCGCUUGGACUCUCACACAUCAGAUACACACAGUAUUGCAGUUUAUAUUCCUGCACACGCUGAAGGGCGCACCAUGGAUCCCUCAGGACCAGGGAGACUGCCGUGUGCUCACCCACUGGGAGCAGAUCGACUACGGGGAGCAGUUCACAACCACCAGGAAGUUCCUCACCGUCGCUCCGAUUGUGUUGUUUCUGCUGACAUGUUUCUACACACGCAAUGCCUCACACCACUUUGUGAUAAACUUCAUCUCUCUGGUAGUGGUAGUCCUGCCUAAGCUGCCGCAGUUCCACAAGGUUCGGUUGUUUGGUAUAAACAAGUACUGAGCACUGCUGCCACCACGACAGCACCGUACCCGGGAUACCUGACUAGAGGCGUGCCAAAGCGACAACGAGGACUGAGAACUCUAAACUCAAGUGGUGAUCUUGUGAUGAUUUGUAUAUAAGAGCAAUAAAAUUGGCUAGCAUUUAAGUUUAA